AUCUUUUGACACUUGAACCAAACCCAUUUAACGCUACAAUAUGCUAGAAGUACUCAUUUGUGGUGCCGGACCUGUAGGAUCUUUCUUCGCAAACCUAAUGGAGCAGUUCGGACAUACUUAUCGAAUUAUCGAUAGCGAACCGAUUGAAGCCAGACUUGGUCAAAGCCGAGCACUGCUUCUGACAGCCCGAACUUUGGAAGUCAUGGAGGACAGAGAUAUAGCUCGCGAAAUCUUAAGCCGUGCUUUACUCUCUCGCGGCAUAAGAUUACACUCUGAUACCAAACAGCUUACAGAGGUGGAAAUGAGCGGCCUGGAUAGUACUUUUCAUCAUAUGACAACUUUACCUCAGUGGAGAAUAGAAGAGAUACUGCAUAAAAGAUUGUCCAAGAAAGUUGAGCGACCAGUCAAAUUGAUAUCUUACGUCCAAGAGAGCGACCACGUGGUAGCCAAACUCCAACAUGGGGAUGACACGGAUAACAUUGAGGAAGUAAAAGCAAAGUUCCUUAUAGGUGCGGAUGGUGUACAUUCUACUGUACGCAAAGGGACCCCGGGAUGGAAUUUUGACGGCGUGGUCAUCAAUUCGCCAUCUGUGCUAGCCGAUGUCACUUUUACUGGAGACAAGCUACCUGAUUUCCGCUACUUCAACUUCAUUGAUUCCAAAAACGGCGCGCUUAUAUUAAUUCCGAUACCCGAUAACUCUGGAGAAAAGAUUAUCACCCGUAUGGUUGUUAGUCUUGGUGCUUUAAGCGAGACCAAGGACAAUGAAGGCAAAGUCUCUCAAGGCAUUAAAAACGACGCUCCCCCUACAUUGGAAGAACUUCAAACUUUGAUAGAUCAGCGUUGUGGAUAUUUCAAUAUGAAAGCUGUUAACCCACAAUGGAUAGCAAAGUUUGGUAUCAACGAACGAAGAGCUAACGGUUUCCGACGAGGAAGAUGCUUUGUUAUGGGAGAUGCAGCACAUUGUCAUUCACCAGCUGGUGGCCAAGGAUUGAACCUCGGUUUUCAGGAUGCAAAUAACUUGGCAUGGAAGAUUUCGUCAGUCCUAAAGAAUACGGCAGAGAACCCGGAAGUGCUCUUGGACUCCUAUUAUGAAGAGAGGUAUCCAAUUAUUGAUACGACCAUCAAUGGCACUGGAAGAAUGGGAAGAAGUGUAUUCCAACGUACCAUAUUUUCAUCCUUCAUGCGCUCGCUAGUGCUUCCAAUGGCUUUGACCAUACCCUCUAUUCACGAUAAGGUUGGAUUUACGAUCCAACAACUCUGGAUCACUAUCCCUACAAGCUCCGCGUUAUUGGCUGAGAAAAGUGCUUCAAGCAUCAUUGAACCAGGAAAAUACAUGCCAGACUCAUGCACCCUCAAUCCCAAGGACAUUGUGAACUUGCCACCGCAAACGAUCAAGAGCAUAUUUAAGAAGACAGAUAGGUACAUUGCUUUGCUCGUUUGGAAUCACGCUGGUGACGACGACGCUUCUGCUGGAUUUUGGAAUCUUCUCCAGACCUACAAGAGGUUUGUAAGACCAAUUGUGGUAGAAAGCAAGAACUACAUUGGCCGAUAUAGAGUUCCACAAUAUGCUCGCAACAAUGCUGAUGGAACAAACGGAUUUUGGUGCGAUACCAGGGGUAGACUGGCUGAGCUACUUGGCAUUGAAGACAAUCGAGCUGGCAUUAUUCUUGUUAGACCCGAUAUGUACGUUGCCUUUUCCGAAUCCUAUGAUGGGCAAAACGAAAUACCCCUUGAGUCUUUCGAGAGGCACCUUUCAAGCCAGGUAAAAUCAGACUGAUGUCGAUGCAAGUAGUCACAAUCCUCCGACAUUCAGCCGUAACGGAUCGAAAAAUCUCUCUGUGCUUAUUGGGUGUUACAUCGGCGAUUUCUUUUUGAACAUUAAACCUCAAGCAUGACACCGCGCGCAAUAAUAAACUUUUAUAUCUUUACUCUA